AUGGCUUACAAACUUGCUAUCCCGACCAUGUCCUUAGGACACUGUACUGCUGGCCACUCGUUGGAGACCAAGCUAGAAGCUGCCAAGUCGUAUGGUUACGAAGGCGUCGAAGUCUGCUAUGAGGAUCUCGUCGCUGUUGCUGGUCGGCGUCAAUGCGACGUCGAAUUCGAGCCUCUCUGUGAAUCUGAUCAGAUGGCGGCAGCCAGGAAGAUCCGGGCCAUGUGUCAAGACAGAUGCAUCAAGAUUAUAUGCCUCCAGCCCUUUAUGCAAUAUGAAGGCCUCUUGAACCGGCGUGAACACGAAUCUCGGUUCGCAGAGCUGUUGACCUGGAUCGAGCUCGCCCGGGCCUUGGGAACAGGCAUGAUCAUGAUGCCAGCCAGCUCUUUGCCCGAGAAUGAAGUGUCUGCAGAUCUUGACCUAAUCGCGAGGGACCUGCAAAAGGCAGCGGAUGCGGGACGUCGAGAAGAACCUCAUAUUCGCUUUGCUUACGAGAACCGUUGCUCAGCAACACGCAUCUACAGAUGGGAGUUCUCCUGGGACGUGGUCGAGAGGGUUUGCCGACCCAACUUUGGCAUGUGUCUCGAUACGUUUCAUCUCGCCAGUCUCAUCUUUGCAGACCCAGCAGUCCCGUCUGGCCUUAUCCCUGGCGGAGACAAGGCCGUUGGGAUGUCGAUGCAGCGGCUCAUCAAGCGGCUCCAAUCCCACCGCGACAAAAUCUUCUUGGUCCAAAUGGGUGAUGCCAAAUUACCCAACGAGCCUAUCGUGCCCGGCAGCCCAGAGUACAAUCCCAAGGAACGGCCGUGGACGUAUUGGUCUCAAAAGUACCGGCUUUUCUAUGGUGAAACAGGCCGUGGUGCCUAUCUGCCUAUCCGAGAGGUUGCCGAUGCCAUUUUCAACGGCAUAGGCUACCAAGGCUGGGUCAGUUUGGAGCUGUUCAAUAGUCGUAUGGAGUGUGCGGAGGUUAAUGUGCCGAUGGACCUUGCUCGGAGAGGAGCCAUUUCUUGGCGGAAAUUGGCAGACGAUAUGGGGUGGUGGCCUUCAGCGUCCCAAGCACAGCAGCUAUAG